UUGCACAGUAGGUCAUUUUUUAAAAACUAUUUAUUUUGUUUGUAGAGCAAAUCUGAAAAGGAUUAACCCUAAAUUAAAAGUAGCUAGGCGGCAUUAAUAUAUCCAUAGUUUUUUAAGAGUUGCGACACAUCGCAAUGUCGGUCACAGAGGCCGGCGCCCAACAAUGUGCGCUCUAUGCGCUGGCGGGUUUGACGGGAUUUGUAUUCGGUGCCUACUUCCAACAAGAAAGUUCAAUUCGUCACUUGUUUGGCAUGAUAAGGAGGGAUCCCUAUGUGUUUCAUUAUCGCCGAAAGCUGUACCCACUCCUGUCUACUUUCAGGACAGAUCAUGAAGCGAGGCUGUGGAAUCUCACGCCGACCCUGUCAGACAGAAUACGCAACCGUUUGUUCUUUUCACUGUUUGACAUAAUUGGCAAUAUAUUUUUUGACAAGAGACCAAUGUCGUACUCGCCAGAUUUGUUGGAUCUGAUCAAGUUUGGUCUACCCAGUAUCGAGAAUCUAUAUGUGCACAAGGACUACGUUGUAUCGCAGGACUUAAGCACCAAUUCUCCGAAAUGGAUGUGCGAGCAUCUGAAAGGCAAUUACAAGAAGCUAACAACCGACGGAGACGGCGAUGCACUGCACCUUCGCUACAAUGAUGUCUAUGUUCUGAGCUGCGGCGGCACGCGAGUUUGUAAGGCUUUCAAGCGUGAAAUUUGGCGUAAGCUGGAACAACAUGUGUCCCAAAUGACGGAAAAAUUUGGUUCGGUGUACGUGUACACAGGUCCCAUGUAUUUGCCAUCCUGUCGCCCCACCGAGGAUUGGACUUUAGAAUAUCAAAUUGUUGACUGGAUUCCGCUCCCCAUGCCCUCCCACUACUUCAAGGUGCUCAUCAUUGACCCACAGCUGCCAGAAUAUACUCCCUAUAUGGAGGGCUACAUAAUAGACAAUAAACAAUAUGCAUCAAGUAGCAGCACCGAAUUGACCGAUUAUCUUUGUGACAUUGCUGAGAUUGAGCGGCAUACUGGUCUUCGCUUUUUCGAGGGCGUUCAGUCAACGGUGCGUUUCGAGAAAAAAAAAUACAGACUCGAUUCUCAAGCGAACAGUUUUCAACAUCUACGUAACCAUUUUCGCCAAAUACGUGAACCUUCCAUUCCCAUUGUCCAAUCUUAAAUAAAUAUAACCAUGCAAUUUA